CGAUUCUUUCACGUAAACGGUAACGUAAAAUGGCGAAUUGGACGUGUUAUUUACUUACGCGAAGUAUAACGAAAUAACUAGAUUACAAUAUAAGGAAUAUUUGUUACUGCUAAAUUUGGAAUUGUGUAUUUACUUCUCCUUACACAAACGACUGUUUUAUUGUGCAGAUACUAAUUCAUCGUUCUACAGAUAUGAUAUUGAUGGACUGGUGUAAUUCAGUGUAGUACUGACAUUGAUCGAUUUUAUCUAAAUAAAUUGACGAAAGAUAAUAUUUGCAAGCAUUUAAGUCUUGAAUACUAUGGCACAAUAUUAUAAUUUUGUGACCAAUGCCAGUGGUACAUUAACACUUGAAGAAGUACAGAGAAUUUGCUCUGUAGAGGGACAAAGUGUACAAUUAGUUGUUGAAGACAUAAAUAAUGGUGGUAAUGGUUCUCAACAAUUUUUGACUUAUACUAGUGCACCACAAAACACUGGGCAAGCAAUAUUUUCACAGCAAAUUAAUUUAGGGAGUCAAAUUUCUACAACACAAUUGGAUCAAGGACAAAAUGUAUUUAUAAUCAAAACAAAUACAAAUGAAUUAACUUCACCUCAAAGUGUAUUAAAGACUACAACAGUGAAUGAUAAUACUAUAGGAGGAAAUAUUGUAAACAUUGUGGAUAAUAAAGGUUCUAAAACAUUUAUAGGUUGUAAUAACGAUGGACAACAGAUACAAUGGAUAAAAAUGCAAGAAAAUAGUAUUAGUGUAAAUGCAGUUUCAAAACAGGGUGCAUUGAUAUCAGAAAAAACUCAAACUGCCAAUUUAAAUGAAAAUCAAAAUAAUACUUCUUCACAAAGUCUAUUACAUGGAUCUUGUGAAUUAUCACAGAAUAGUGAGCUUGUAAAAAGGAAACCACUUAGAUCAUACCAAAACAGAAAUCGACCAGUAUCAAACAGUGUACAAACAGGAAUCUCAACCAUUGAUAGGGUGAAUGUAACAAAUAAUAUUGGAACUCAAAUAUCAAACGCUAAUGCGUCUAAUAUCAGAGUAUCUGCACCUUCAUUUUGUAAUAAAACAAUUAGUCCUACUGGACAGAAUGUGACACAAAUUUCUACGCAGAUACAUCCUCCUUUGAGUACAGUUCAUACUAGACCUCAAGCUUCUACUUUGCCAAAAAAUUCCUUAAAAAUGCAACAGCCUAAAAUGGAACAAACAAGAUUAAAACAAAUGCAAAAUCAAAGACAAAUACAAAAUGAUAAAAGAUUGCAAGGAAAUAAUAUGCAACGAUUAUCAAAUAUUGCUUCACAUUCAAUGCAAACUUCAUUAAAUAAUCCUACACGACAGCAAACAACUACAAAUUCAGUACAACAAAAACAAAUGUCAUCUUCAUUACAGUUACAAUUUCAAAAACAAACAACACAAAAAUCUCAAUUUGAACAAUCAUCACUUUCAUCUCCAUCUGAAAAUGUUCAUAAUGCUAUGAAUGUUGAACCAUUGGAAUCUUCAUCAAUUUGUGAAAAAGGUCCAACAAAUCAACAAAGCUUUUCUUCACAAACUGAUUCAGAAAAUAAUUUAUCUGAAAGUGUUGCCUUUCUUGAAAAAAUUAUUCAUAAUCCAACAAAUACUAAAGUUCAACAUCAAAUACAAGGAAAUACAGCAAAAAUGUUAGUUAAACUUUCUAAUGGCGAACAGAGAUUAAUUACAUUUGAUAUACCUCAUGAAGAUUGUACAGUUCAAGAUUUAUUGGAACAGGCAAAAAUCGUACUUCGUGGAAAAACAAGUGUUUCAUUAAUUUUUGAUCCUACUUUGGGUAUAAAUUAUAUUGUAGAAGCUGGACCUGGUGCAGUUGUAUCACUUGAUAUGGAUGAAAAUGAUGGUUCUCAAGAUAAUACAAAUAGUAGUUUAGAUAAUUCUCAUAGUUCACCUGAUGAGAAUAGUAAUCCUGUACAACAAAAUGAGGAACCUAUAUAUAUAGAAGGAAUGUUGGCUGUUUGUUCUCAUUGUGGCAUUAGUUCUAUUGAUUUUAAUCGAUGCCUAAGAUGUAAAAGGAAAUUACCAAAAGAUGUAAAAUCCAUACCAAUGACAAUGGGUAUGCAAGAAAAGAAAGAAACAAUGAUAUCUGUUGAUACUUUUUACAAGAAAAACAAUGAACGUAAUUCAUCAGCAAAAUUAGAAAAAUUGGAGCGAGAUGGAUCUGUGUAUAAACGUGGUAGAGGAAGAGGAAGAGGUGUUUCAAGAUCAAGGCCUAUUCAUAAAGAACCAGAAUGUUUGACAAUAUCAUCUGAUGAAGAAGAAGAAGGCAAAAAAAGAUCGGAUUCUAGUAACAAUAUAUUUUCAAAUGAUAUGAGUAAUAAUUAUAGUGAUGAAAUGGAUACUAUUCUUGAGAAAGAACCAAUAAUUACGAAUAAUUCUGUUUCUGAUACAAAUCCUGAUUAUACUAUGGAGAAUGAAGAUAUUAAAGAUAAUACUAUGCAAUCUCCACAUACUUCUUUAUUGUGCAGAACGGUAAGGAUAGGUUCUUAUAAAUAUAUUCCUCGGGAUAGAGUCUUAAUCUCGCAAAAUGGAGUAAGAUUUGGUGUACCUUUAUUGGAAGAUGAAAAAACCUUUGUAACAUUAGACGUUAAAGUUCGAGAUAUAGUAAAAGUACUAAUUCAUUUUGGUAAAUCAAUGCCAGUGCUUUUCUUUUAUACAUCUAUUAAUACUGGAGCUAUGAUUCGUGAAUUAUUAGGAAUGCAGGAUCCAAAAGGACCAUACUAUGAUCCUGCUGGAAAAGAUCAUACACAUAAACGAAUAACUUUACUGCCAGAGAAAUUAUCAGAAGAAUCAAAAGUUGUAUUAAAAACAUUGUUUACACGAAGAAAUUUAUUAGAAGAAUUAAAUGCAAAAGAAGCAAAUGAUAUUCUUAUACGAGCAUCACCGAAAGAUAGUCUACAAAUGCAAAGUUUAUCAAGAAGAGAACUUCAAAUGGGAACAGCAGCUAAUUUGAAUGUCAAUGGUGGUAUACAAACAAUAACUGUAUAUCCACCACCACCUGCUAAAGGUGGUAUAGCUAUUAAUACAGAAGAUUAUUUAUGUCUUGGAGAGGAUCAAUUUUUAAAUGAUGUAAUUAUAGACUUCUAUCUAAAAUAUUUGACAUUGGAAGUUCUAUCAGAAUGUGAUCAACAGAGAACUCAUGUAUUUAGUUCGUAUUUUUAUAAGCGAUUGACAAGUCCACACACUCAAGCAGUUGAAAGCAAUGUGCCUCUUACACCUGCUGCUAAGAGACAUGCAAGAGUUCAGAAGUGGACGAAAAAUGUCAACAUAUUUGAAAAAGAUUUUAUUAUAAUUCCUAUAAAUGAACAUGCUCAUUGGUUUUUGGCUAUUAUUUGUUUUCCCGGAUUAGUAGGUAAAGUUUUUGCACAAAGUAAACGAUCUGAUGAAAAUGAUAUUCGUAAAACUGUACAAAAAAGUAAAAAGUUAAAAGAAGUAAAACUUCAAACUGUUACUAUUGGAAGUACAACUCUCAAACCAGUGACGACUACUGUAACUAUAGAUCAGGGUGAUGAUGGUUCAGAAAGAGAUGAAGCUGAAGGCGAUGAUGAAGAAAUGGAAAUGGAUAGCGAAGAUGACGAUGAAUUAGAAACAACAGAAAAUAAAAAUUUAUCGCCGAAAACGGAACAAAAUGUAUCACAGGAAAAAGAUACUGUAAAAAUACCCUGCAUAUUAAUAUUUGACUCUCUUGCGGGAGCAAGUAGAGCACGUGUAGUAGCUACAUUAAGAGAUUAUUUAAGUUGCGAGUAUGUAGCAAAAAUGGGAUGUGAAAAAGUAUUUUCAAAAGAUACUAUUAAAGGAGCAUCGUUAAAAGUUCCUCAGCAAUCAAAUUUCACUGAUUGCGGAUUAUAUGUAUUACAAUAUGUAGAGAGCUUCUUUAAGAAUCCCAUUAAAGAUUAUACUUUGCCAAUAAAAACAUUGAAAAAUUGGUUUGAGGAAAUAGUAGUAACAAGAAAACGGGAAGAAUUAUCAAAAUUAUUAAUUAAAUUGAUGAAUGCAAGAAAAGGAGACAAAAAUAUAACAAUACCUGCUGUAAACUUUCCUACUCAAGAUGGUAAACUAAAAAUUAAGGCUGAAAAUCAUGUUGAUGCAAAAUCUGUAAAAACUGACGUUGAAGAUAAAAAAAAGCCUACUUUAGAUGGAGAAAAUCGUACUAGUAAUAAUAUACCAAAUCAAACGGAAAGUGCUGAACCAAGUACUGAAGUAGUUAAUAGAACUACAUACCAGAUCAUUCCGUGCUCUCCAUGUACAAGUUCUAGUUCGUCUGAGAGUAAUUCGACAGAGAUGCUGACUGAGACUAAAACUCCUCAUUCGAGAUCAUCAAGCGAAACAAUGUCCUACUUAAAAUCGAAACGGAUUUCCAGGUUAAUGUUAAAAACAGAGAAUCAAGGUGACUCUCAAAUGGCCAAGAAGCACAAAGGAGAGUCUUUUGAUUCUUGUAAAUAAAUGUUACUUUCUUUUUUAUAAUGCUAAAGUUAUCCCACAUUCAUAAACAAACAUGAAAUCAUUUAUCUAUGUAAUAAAUGUAGUUAAUACUUCAUAAAACGAAUAAAAACAUCCAAUCAUAACUGUA